AUGACUCAAUAUUUCGAGUCAGAUGUAUCUGUAGAAUUUCCCUUCGCACUCAAACGUGUUAACGUCCUCGAGUCCUAUAUGACUCAAGAAGUAGCCCUCUUCAUCCACGGCAACCCUGUCUCCUCUUACCUCUGGCGCAACAUCAUUCCUCAGCUAAUUGGCUUCGGUUCCUCUGGCAAGCCUUCCAUACCGUACCGCUUCACGGACCAGGCUGCAUACCUCUCCGCAUUUAUCUCAGCUAUCCUACCCAAUGAUAAAGCGCUUGGUCUAGCAUUUUGGGAAUUCCUACGUCCGUUCCCGACUUUCGAUGACCUAGUCGGUGGACCUUCUCAGACACUCUACCAUAAAUUCAGGGAUCCCGUCGAAGGACGAAAGAUGGCGGUGGAGCAGAACGCGAUGAUAGAGCGGGUACUGCCUAAUGCGCUGCUGAGAACGCUCACUCAAGUCGAACACGACGCUUAUCGAAGCCCAUUUCUAGACAAGGGGGCAAGGGAGCCGUUGUUCCCUGCUGAUGUGUGGGAAAUUUGGGAGAGGUUCCAUGAGUGGUUGCUUAAGAACGAGGUGCCGAAGCUAUUGUUCUGGGCCAAGCCUGGAAGGUUGGUUACGGAGAAGCAGGCGGCGUGGUAUUUGGAGCAUUUGAGGAACGUGAAAGGAGUUUGUGUUGGGGAGGGGUUACAUUUUCUGGAGGAAGACCAUCCGCGUAGACUUGGGACUGAGAUUUCAAGAUGGCUCUCGGAGGCGGUGCUUUGAUUUUCUUACAUAAGAGAGAAAGAGAGUACGAAUUGGUUGUGACGUGAAAUUUCCCCUCACGUUAAUAACUUCUCCAUGAAUUC